AUGGAUAAGUUUGUAACAGGAUUUGCUAAUGUGAGUAAAGCCGAUGAGUUAGACAACUUAGCGCCAUACUUCGACGAUAAGAUAUCAUCAACGGCAGUGAAGGCAGAAUAUAGGUUGUGGUGUGCGAAGAUAUCGUCCAUUGAUCAAUCAACCGGGGUUUUAAAACUGUUGGAUUAUUGCAAUGGAAAUUAUUUUCACGGUACCUAUCAGAAUACUUCUAACUACCUUAGCCACUCUGCCAGUGACAACAGCUAGCGUAGAAAGAUCAUUUUCCACUAUGAAAAGAAUUAAAACUCUACCGCGAAGUGUUAUGGGCCAUGAAAGAUUGAGUUCACUCGCUAUGAUCUCUAUUCACUGGGAUAUUGCUCUUGAUCCUGAUCAGGUCCUAGACAUUUUAUCGGAAAAAAAUCUAGAAGAUUACUUUUUUGAUAGUACAGGUCAAAGUUUCCGAGUUAAAGGUGUUAUUUUCAGGUUUUUACCACAUUAUAUUUACACAUAUA